ACGGGUGCGGGUGUGCGUGCGUGAGUUUAAAUCGCAUUUCUGUGUCAUUCAGAGGUCCUGCUUUGGUAGUCACUUGACCCAGUUGGUGGUCCGGACCCGUUCGUGGACCAGGCGACGCUUCUUUCGCUUCCAAAUGUGCCAAUGUUCGGGCGAGGUGCGGAUGUGUCGACCAGCAAUCCCACAUACAUAAACAUAAAUACCUAAAUGAGCAAGGAGUGGCCCGCUUCCACUUCCACUGCCACCACUGGAGCUCCAGUUCCUGUUUCUACUUUGCGGCUUUUGCUAACCAAACCCAAACCAUUUGUAUGGCUGCUGCUGCCUGUGAUGCCAGUGUUGUGAUUUGUUGAGUCCUGUACCCGCAAAAACAACAACAACAAGAACAGCAUCACCAUCAAAAUGUUCUCCUGCUGCCGAGCUACACCCCGGGCCGGAAAGAAGGAAAAGAAGAAGAGCGAGGAUACCGAGAAGAUUGAGGAGACGACAGACGACAAAAAGGAGCCUCAGCUUAAUGGCAAGCAGGAGCUCCUAGCUAGGGAGCCACCCGAGAAGCCGGAUAAUCCGCCGGACACUGCCAAUCCGACUCAGGCUGAAGCAGCUACAGUAGCUUCAUCACCAGCACCAACUUCACCACCAGCACCACUACCACUACCAGUACCAGUUCCAGCACCAGUUGCAGCUGCAGAAGCAGCCAAAGAAACUGAAAUCGAGACAUUAGCCCGAUCGACGCACUCUUCCACUUCCACUGCCCCGCCAGCCUCGAUGACCAGCGCCGGGGCCGAGGAGGAGGAGGAGGAGAAUAAAGUGGCGGUGGCUGAAAUUAAUCCGACAACACCAAGCUCCCAGCCGCCACCUACCAAGAGCUGUCUCUCCAGGCACAACUCCACGCACCAGUCAAUUAAGAAGAAGGUUAACAUCAGCAACCGGGCGGAGAUAAUUGAGCCGGAUCCCCUGCCCCUGUUGGUAUUGGCCAGUCAGAAUCAGGGCUCCCUGCUGGACGACGACGAGGUGUUCUCCGACUCACUGCCUCCGCCGAAAAGGGAGAGCAUGUGUGCGCCAUAUAUCGAGGGGGAUCUCGUCUCGGAGACGGUGGCGUUCGUUCACGGAUUGCCCGCUUGGUUCGACGACGAGCGACUGAAUGAGAUCGGCUGUAUCGAACCGCCGGUCACGCCGGUUGGACGCGACGAGCUGGAGCUGAAGCGCCAGCGCCUCUACACGGAGCUCCUGCGAGCAGCCCACGCAGCUGUGGAGCACAGCGUGGCCGUGCGGGAUAACGUGCCGGAAGCCAAGCCCACGACCGAGCACUUGGAAAGCAUUUGCGAACGUCUAGAGAACCUAGUCGACCGCUUGGAACGGACUCUAGCAGCGCCACCACCGCAUCCGCAGCCACUUGAACUGCCCACGCCCAUUCUCCCGCCCCCGCCAGUCGAAACCGAAGAAGUUCUUCCAACAGCCGAAGCAGAAACGCCACCACCACCACCUCCUCCACCACCAAGCAGCAGCAUGAGUGUCGCAGGAUUCGAGGAUAUUGUGGCGGGUCCACUGAGCCAGUAUCUGUCCCUCUCCGCCAAAAUUGGCGGCGAUGUUGCCCAGCAUGCCGAGCUCGUGAAGGGCGCUUUCGGUUCCCAGCUGCAGUAUGUGACGCUGGCCACCCAAAUCGCCCAGCCGGCGCAGCCUAAGCAGGCCGAGCUGCUGAAGCCAACCUCCACGCAGAUCAGCGCCAUCCAGGACUUCCGUGAGAAGCAUCGCUCCUCUCCCUUCUUCAACCACCUGUCUGCCAUCAGCGAGAGCAUUCCCGCUUUGGGAUGGGUGUGCGUGGAGAAGACCCCUGGUCCGUAUGUCAAGGAGAUGAACGACGCCGGCCAGUUCUACACGAACCGUGUUCUCAAGGAGUGGAAGGAGAAGGACACCACGCAUGUGGAGUGGGCUCGCUCCUGGGUCCAGACGCUGACCGAGCUGCAGGCCUACAUCCGGCAGUAUCACACCACUGGCUUGGUGUGGUCCGGCAAGGGUGCUGCCCCAGCUGGAGGCGCCCCGCCACCACCACCACCCGGUGGUCUCCCCCCACCGCCGCCACCACUGGAUCUGAAUGCCCUUAAGCUGGACAGUGCCGGCGAUGAUCGUAGUGCUCUGUUCGCCCAAAUUAACCAGGGUGCCGACAUCACCAAGAACUUGAAGAAGGUAACUGGGGACAUGCAGACCCACAAGAAUCCGUCUUUGCGCUCCGGCCCUGCUCCGUUUAAGGCACCAGCUCAGUAUGGUGGCCAAGCCACGGCUGCUCCAACCGCCGCUCCAGCAAAGGAGCCAGUGUUCACCCGCGACGGCAAGAAGUGGAUCAUUGAGUACCAGAAGAACAACACUGGUCUGCUUGUCGAGAAUGCCGAGAUGAACAACGUGGUGUAUGUGUUCCGGUGCGAGGGAUCAACGCUGACGGUCAAGGGCAAGGUGAACAACAUCGUGUUUGACUCGUGCAAGAAAUGUUCUCUGCUCUUUGAUUCUGUGGUGGCCUCCGUGGAGUUUGUCAACUGCCAGAGCGUUCAGAUGCAAGUGCUCGGCUCAGUGCCGACUGUGUCCAUCGACAAGACCGACGGUUGCCAGAUGUAUCUCUCCAAGGACUCGCUGGGCGUAGAGAUUGUCAACUCCAAGUCCUCCGAGAUGAACAUCCUCUUGCCCCAGGACAAUGGCGACUAUACCGAGUUGGCUUUACCGGAGCAGUAUAAGACCACCAUUGCUGGCAAGACCCUCAAGACUGUGUGCGUGGACAGCCUGGGCUAAUGCGGGCAAUCCCUUGCCUGGGAUAUGAUCUGUUGCUUUUCCAACUAUCAUCAACAUCUGUAGCUGCAUUAGCCAGUCAGCAGUCGUAAUUGUAUUUAGGCUUAAGCGCAAAGUUUUUCGUAAUUCAGAUAUUUUGAGAUCAAAGUUUUCGUACCCGAUUGUAAUGAGGAUGUUGCCAAACUUUGCUAUCCUGGCUAGUGGAAAGUAUUUAUAUAAUUUAUUUCGAUGGAAAAGCGAUGAAAUCAAAACAAAACUGAACCCAAUGUAUUUAUAUCGAGAGUGUGUAACGAACCUGAGCACGAAAUUCGAAACUUUUUUAAGCCGACUCUUCACUCGAUCAUCAGAAGUAACUCUUUUUUAUAUUCUAUUUAAAUAAAAAUUUAAACAUUUUUUAUCAGAUAA